AUGUGUUUCUUUUCUUUUGAGGUAAACAACUCUCUCUCUUCGUUGAUCUCUCUCUCUCUCUCUCUCUCUCUCUCUCUCUGUGUCUUUCUCUCUCUCUUUUUCUCGGACUCUCUACUCACUUUGCUCUCUCUUUUGUCUAUUUCAUUCUUUCGAAAUCCGUAUUGUUAUUUUUUAAAGCGUUUCACUCUUUCUUUAGUUCCCUCUUUCUCAUAUUCUCACCUGGCAUUUCCUCUUUCUUUCUUUCUUUCUUUCUUUUGCACUUCUGAUAUUUUUCAUUCGAUUCUCUUUCUUUCUUUCUUUCUUUUAUUGUCAUUUUUCUUUUGCUUCUCUUUCUUUCUUUCUUUCUUUCUUUCUUUCUUUCUUUCUUUCUUUCUUUCUUGGAACAUUUUACUUUAUUUCUCUAUGUCGUUCUCUUUCGCUCUGUUGAUAUUUUUCGUUUAUUUCGCCCUCCCUCUCUCUUUCUCUAUUUCUCUGUCUGCCUGCCUCUUUCUCUUUUUCUCCCCACCUCUCUCUCUCUCUCUCUCACUCUCUCUCUCUCUCUCACACUUAUUCUUCUUCCCCUCUCUCUGGUACACUUUUGCCCUCCUUUUCCAUAACCAUCCUUAUUCUUUCUUUACCACUCUACUUGUUUGCUUCAACUUCUCUUUUUCUAUUCGCAUUUUCUUCUUUAUUUCUUCUUUUAUUUUUCCUUCGACCCCACCCUACACUUUUUUUUUUUUUUACUUUUUUCUUCAAGAUCUUUCGAAAAUGUCACUAAAUUAUUUCGGGGUGCCAAGUGGUCACACUUAG